CUUAGCUUCUUGCCGGUUGUUAUUGUUUCUAAAACACUUAACCUUUAAUAACAAAACAGUUUUCUACUUAAAUUUUUUGUGGAGUUCUUCAGUGAAGGGAUAUAUAUUUGUGUAUAUAUAUAUAUAUAGAGAGAGAGAGAAGGGCCCCAGGUGUGGUUUGUUUGAAUGGCAUCGAGUAGUUUGCGGAGUGUCUCAAGCCUUCUAUGUGCAGAGGACAACAACAGCGUCUUCGACGAAAAUGAUUACGGCGGUGGUUCGGUGUUGUUGGCGGACACGUGGCAUCAUCUUAGGCAUCAAAACCGNCUCACAAAUGGGGAUUUGGAUUUUGGGGCCAGAAAUCAUGCCAUUCAUUGGAUUCAAAAGGUUCGAGAGCAAUUUGGCUUUGGAGCCCUCUCUGCUUAUCUUUCAGUAAAUUACUUGGACCGUUUUCUUUCUUCGUAUGAACUACCAAAGCAAAGGGUUUGGACAAUGCAAUUGUUGGCUGUGGCUUGCUUAUCUCUUGCAACCAAAAUAAAUGAGACUGAUCCUCCUCUUUGCCUUGAUUUGCAGGUUGGUGAAUUAAAAUUUGUAUUUGAAGCAAAAACAAUCCAAAGAAUGGAGCUUUUGGUACUUAGCACAUUGAGAUGGAGAAUGCAAUCAAUUACCCCUUUCUCCUUCAUUGACUAUUUCCUUUACAAGGUCAAUGAUGAUCAAAAUCCAACAAGAGAUUCAAUUAUGAGAUCCAUCCAACUUAUACUGAGUACUGUAAAAGGGAUUGAAUGCUUGGCGUUUAGACCAUCAGAGAUUGCAGCUGCUAUAGCAAUAGUUGUGGUAAGGGAAACAAAAACAGUGCACACUGAGAAAGCAAUUUCUCUUCUGAAUCACCUAGUGGAAAAGGAGAGAGUGUUGAAAUGUGUGAAAUUAAUCCAAGGGUUGUCAUCAAAGGAUGGUUUUACUAAUAAGGACACAAGAAGUGGUUCUGUUUCUGCCCCUUUGAUGCCACAAAGUCCAAUUGGGGUGUUGGAUGGUGUGUGCUUAAGCUACAAAAGUGAGGACACUCAUGCUGCUGCUUCAUAUGCAAACAUUAAUUCAUCUUCACAUAUUACUAGUCCAGAUGCUAAUAAAAGGAGGAAGCUAAAUAAUAAUAAUAAUAAUAAUAAUAAUAAUAAUAAUAAUAAUAAUAAUAAUUCCCAUGCAGCACCAGCAUAGGUAAUAAUAAUGUUAGAGGGAACCAACAACUAAUAACUAUGAAAGGAAAGUGUGAAAUUUGAAUUGCUUUAACUCCUCGGCAAUUCAGAUUUUUCCUUUGUAGUUGCUGGUUGUUUCUUCUUUUCUACCUGUCAAAUUAGUAUUUUCCUUAGAAUACGGGAAAAAGGAGGAUGUUAUAUAUGGAAGCAAGGAUAGUAGAUGAAAGAAGAAAA